CGCGUGCCUGCGCCACUACUGCCCCAGAUCCGCUUCUUCUGUCCGUAGAUCCAUUUUUGCCCCUGGGGGGUUCGCUCGACGGUCCAUUGGAGUUUACCGGUCCAUUGCGCUUCCUUGUCGUCUUGUUGUCUGAUCGCAAGCCCAGCGCAGUCGAAUUGGGAUCCUGGGAUCGCUCGACGUGCCGCUCGCGACGGCGCGCCGAGGGGCGAGGUUGCUUCGCUGCUGCCGCAGCCGCUGCCCGCCGAAAUGCGUCGCCCAACCUUCAGGGGCUUGAGCUUGCGCUCCCCGGCCUUCUUCGCCGCUGCGGGACUUUUCCUCAUCGUCUCGUGGACAUUAUUUGCCUCUGUGCAUUUCAGAGAACCGUCGACGCUCGGAGACAAAGAAUUCGAGCGCCGAUUCCCGCUGGCAUGGCGGCACAUCCAGACAUUCCACGGGAAGCAAGGUGCUUGGUACAUUCCGCCUGAAUGGAUCGGCGAUGAUGAGGACCCGCCGAGCAACAUCCUAGACGCCGUGCGGCUGGCUUCUCGCGUCGCCAUGGCCGAUCCGGCAAAGCAAAUCCGCUUUUCCAACGUGCCGCUGCUGGUGCACCAGACGUGGAUCAGGGCGAAGCUGGACACCCUGAAUCUCGACGUGGUCUCUUAUGUUGAGCAGUGGCUUGCCUACGCGACCUCGUCGCAGCACGGUCCCAUGGCCUACUUCCUCUGGGACAACGACGGACUUGCGGCCCUGUUCCGCGAGUACGAGCCCGACUUCUACAAUCAGUCGCUCUCUCUGUUCUCCCCCGUUGAGCAGACCGAUAUUUUCCGAAUCCUGGUGUGCAAGUUGUUUGGUGGCAUAUACGGCGAUAUGGAUACCGUGCCUCUCCAGCCGCCGUCGACGUGGAUUCGCCCAUCCGACAUCGCCCAAUGGACCGACGACCAAACCGGCAAGACGUACGGCUACCCCCUGCCGUCCAAGGCACACCCGGACGCCGAUCCCCAGCAGGACCGCCCCGUCAACCUCGUGCUGGGCCUCGAGGCCGACACCGACCCGGCCUCGGACUCGUACUGGCGCAUGGGCUACGAGUACCCCGUCCAGCUGACCCAGUGGGCCCUGGCCUCGGCCCCGAAGCACCCGGUGCUGUCGCGCUUCAUGGACGACCUCACCGCCCAGGUCCGCGCCGUCAAGGAGAAGGUGCAGCGGCAGUCCCCCGCCAACUAUCCGGCGGCCUUGCGCGCCCAGAUGUCGCGCCUCGACCCGCUCACCCUGACCGGCCCCGCCGCCAUCACGCUGUCGACCAUGUCCUGGCUGAAAGACGAGCUUGACUUUCGCUGGGAGGCCGUCACGGGCCUGACGGACGGCGGGAGGGCGAAGCUCGUCUCCGACGUCCUGGUGCUUCCUAUUACUGCAUUCAGCCCUGGGAGAGGCAAAUAUGGCAACAUGGGCUCGAAGCCUAUUGGGGACCCCGAUGCGCGUCUCGCUCACAGCGCCCAAGGGUCAUGGCGUCGUUUCGACUUGAAGGUCGAGCUGGGCAAGUUCUGCCGCACAGUGUUUGGGCUUUGCAGGGACUGGUCGAAGGUCCCGGGGUGAGGGGUGCUUUCGUGUGUAUGAAGCUUGGGCGUUUGUUUUCGGGAGUUUAUAUUGGUCUUACGUCACAAAAGCGGCGCAGACGUCGGUAUAUACUUUGGAAGUGUGACUCUUUGAAUACAGUUUUAGUAUCUGAUAACGGAAGCACUGGGUUAUGCUGGCCACGAAUGGCCUUGGCUGAUCCUAACAAGGCAACAAUAUUUAUUGGGUUGUUGGCCAAGCCUAGCCCGCCCUCCCGACGACUAUCAAGCAGGCCAUUCGGCCGCUUUGAGCGUGCUUCUUAGUGGUGUGGCAAUCCGACGGCGCUAGAAAGGAGGCGAAGCUAGUGCGGAAAGUACGCAUAUGUUGG